AUGUCGAUGCUUCUCAACGCCAUGGACUCGCCCGCCGCCUGGGCCAUCCACAAGCUCGCCGGCGCCGUCCUCUCGCCCGUCUUCUCCGGCUCCCUCCUGCUCGCCCUCGUCGUCGCCCCCGAGCCCGUCCGACUGGAGCUCCUGAGCCGGCUGCCCGUCUCCGAGCUCGGACCGGUCGUCAAGGCGCUCAAGGUGCUGCUGGCCCUGGCCGUCGUCCGCUCCCUCAACGCCGGCCUCAGCACCAUGGCGGCCAACUCGUGGCGGGCAACCAAGGCCAAGGGCUGGCACUGGCCCGACGAGGUGGCCGUCGUCACCGGCGGCUGCAGCGGCAUCGGCUACGGCAUCGUCGAACGGCUCGCCCGCCGCGGCGUCAAGGUGGCCAUCCUCGACAUCCAAGACUUGCCCGAGGCCUUCGAGAAGGAAGCGGGCAUCCGCUACUACCGGUGCGACAUCACCUCGGCCGCGGCCGUCUCCGAGGCGGCAGCGGCCGUACGGGCCGAGCUCGGUGAUGCGUCGAUCCUCGUCAACAACGCGGGCAUCGCCAACCCGAUGUCCAUCCUCGACGUCUCGCAGGACUUCCUCCGCAAGAUCUUCGCCGUCAACUGCCUCUCGCACUGGACCCUCGUCCAGGAGUUCCUCCCGGCCAUGAUCAAGCGCAACAAGGGCCACGUCGUGACCGUCGCCAGCAUCGCCUCCUUCGUCUCCAUGGCGAGGGGCGCCGACUACUCGGCCACAAAGGCCGCCGCCCUCUCCUUCCACGAGUCGCUCGCGGCCGAGCUCGAGCACUUCUACCACGCCGACGGCGUCCUCACUUCGGUCGUCCAUCCGAACUUCGUCCGGACGCCGCUCGUCAACGCCUACGCCGACGGGCUCGAGGAGAGCGGCGUGAGGCUGCUGACGCCCGAGUACGUCUCGGCCGUCAUCGCCGGUCAAAUCUUUGGCAGGAGGGGAGGGCAGCUGGUCCUCCCGGAGCACGCCUCGGGCAUCGCCGCCCUGCGCGGGUGGCCAACCUGGCUGCAGGUCAUCUUUCGAAACGCCGUCGCGAAUCGGGCGUCGAAGCUGGUCGUGCCGUAG